AUGGUGAAAGUGAAUAUCCUUGGCCAAUUGCUUGGUCUGACCUCCGUCGUAGUCGGCCAGCAGGUAUAUCUAGCGACCAAUGGGUCUACACCUCGACCACAAUGCACCAAGUGCACCGAGAGCGAGCCUCAGUACACCUUCACGCCUUUCCAAUAUAGCAUGACUUCGACUGUACGCUAUGCUACAUCUCGUCCAUCGCCAACGACUACCACGACUUAUGCAGCUCCCUUGGAGAGUCUAGCCUCCCUGAUUGGUUCUGUAUCAUAUACUACCUGGGGCAAAUGGGACCCAACAUCGAAUGCAACUGCAACGGAUACAGCGGACCCAUACGGCAAUGCCGCUUGGACAGAGCUAUGGAGGAUGGCCAACCCGCCCAACUUCACUCAAGAAGCCACAAGCGCUAUCUUCAGUACCACUGUCGAGCCGACGCCAGUACCUACUGAGGACUUGGUCCUGCCUCCCAGGGAUUAUUUCGGCCCAGCCGAUUGCUACAACUUUCCUCCUGGUUUCGAGUUUGGCGUUGCAAGCUCUGCCAGUCAAAUUGAAGGAGCUACAGCAGAGCAGGGCAAGGCUCCAUCUCUCAUGGACAUCUUGAUUCAGAACGACCGCCCGAAAGACUAUGUCACCAACGAAAACUAUUACUACUACAAACAGGACAUCGAGCGCGUCGCUGCUAUGGGUGUUAAGUACUUCUCUUUCAGCAUCCCUUGGACCAGAAUCUUACCUUUUGCACUGCCGGGAACUCCGAUCAACCAACAGGCCAUCCAACACUAUGAUGAUGUGAUCAAUUACAUUAUUGAGAAGGGCAUGGCCCCUGAGGUCACCCUGUUGCAUUUCGACACCCCGCUACAGUUUUAUGGCACGAUCAACAAUGUCACCGCCGUUCUCUCUGAUUCAGAGAUUGGUUCGACCAACGGCGGCUACCAGAACGAGACUUUCCCGGACGCUUAUCUCAACUACGCCAAGAUUGUCAUGGCACACUAUGCCGAUCGUGUGCCUGUUUGGUAUACUUUUAACGAGCCUCUGCUCUACUCUGCAAAUGGCAAGGCCAUUGACCACGUCAUCAAAUCGCACGCUCGUGUCUCUCACUUCUACAGAGAAGAACUCAAGGGCACUGGAAAGAUCGCUCUCAAGUUCAACAACAACUUUGGUGUGCCUCGGGAUCCCAAGAGCGAAGCUGAUGUCUAUGCCGCGGACCACUUCAACUCGUUCCAACUCGGCCCCUUCUGCAACCCUAUCUUCCUUGGCCAAGACUACCCAGAGUCAUACAAGAUGACCAUCCCUGACUACGUGCCUCUUAGCCAACAAGACCUUGAAUAUAUCAAUGGAACCGCAGACUUCCUUGGCAUUGACCCAUAUACAGCUACCGUGAUUGCACCACCAGAACCAGGCUCGAUCGAUAGCAUCAAAGAGUGUGCAGGCAACUCAACAGCAGAGCUGCGACCUUACUGCGUCAAUCAAACCACUACAGACAUCUUUGGCUGGAACAUCGGCUACCGUUCUCAGUCUUACGUCUACAUUACACCCACCUAUCUGCGCCUUUAUCUCAACUAUCUACACAACACAUUCCGCACACCCAUCGUGCUAACCGAAUUUGGCUUCCCUGUUUUCGGUGAAGCCGACAAGCAAAACCUGUCCGAUCAACUAUUCGACUCUCCCCGCAGUAUCUACUACCUCAGCUUCAUGUCUGAAGUGCUCAAAGCAAUCUGGGAAGAUGGAGUGCAGGUGCUCGGAGCAUUUGCCUGGAGCUUUGCUGACAACUGGGAAUUUGGCGAUUACAGUCAGCAUUUCGGUAUUCAGACUGUGAAUCGCACGACGCAGGAGAGGAACUACAAGAAGAGUUUCUUUGAUCUGGUGGAUUUCAUGAAAGCUAGAGGUGUUGACUAG